GCCACCGCGCAGGCUCACGGAGCGGGAGCCGGCCGCGACGGCCAUGGACGAGGCAGGCGGCGCUGAGGAGGCCUUCGGGCUCAUGGGGACGAAAGAAGAAUUUGUUCAAGUCCGGAAGAAGGACCUGGAGCGGCUGACAACGGAAGUGAUGCAAAUACGCGACUUCUUACCCAGAAUACUGAACGGGGAAGUGCUGGAGACCUUCCAGAGAUUAAAGGUUGUGGAGAAAAACAUGGAAAGGAAGGAGCAAGAAUUAGAGCAACUGAGAAUGGAUUGCGAGCACUUUAAAGCCCGCCUGGAGACCGUGCAAGCCGACGGCAUGCGAGACAAGGAGGAGAAACUGGCUCUUCGCCAGCAGCUGAAUGAGGCGAAGCAGCAACUGCAGCAGCAGGCGGAGUACUGCACGGAGAUGGGGGCGGCAGCCUGCACCCUGCUCUGGGGCGCGUCCCGCAGCGAGGGGGUGGUCCGCGCCAUUCUGGGAGGCGAGAAAGCUUUGAAAUUUUUCAACAUCACUGGUCAGACAAUGGCGAGUUUUGUAAAGUCACUGGAUGGGGAUGCCAAAGAGCUCGAUUCUGACGAAAAUCAGUUUGUCUUUGCUUUGGCUGGAAUUGUAACAAAUGUCGCUGCCAUAGCGUGUGGUCGCGAGUUCCUGGUUAACUCCAGCCGGGUGCUCUUGGACACCAUUCUGCAGCUCCUGGGGGACUUGAAGCCGGGGCAGUGCACCAAACUCAAAGUGCUAAUGCUGAUGUCCCUGUACAACGUGAGCAUCAAUCUGAAAGGCUUGAAGUACAUCAGCGAGAGCCCAGGAUUCAUCCCUUUGCUGUGGUGGCUUCUGAGUGACCCGGACGCAGAGGUGUGUCUUCAUGUUCUGCGACUCGUCCAGUCGGUGGUUCUGGAACCAGAAGUCUUCUCCAAGUCGGCCUCCGAGUUCCAGAGCUCCUUGCCCCUGCAGCGCAUCCUGGCCAUGUCCAGGAGCCGCAACGCCCGGCUGCAGAGCGUGGCCCAAGAGCUCCUGGAGGACCUCCGCGCGCUGGGCUGCGAUGUGUAGGCCUGUCCCUUCCCCUCCCCGAGGUCCCCGCUUUGUGUUCUGACGCCAUCACUGUGCGCCGUGUGCUACAGAUGGCCGGGCGUUCUGGACUAGAGACGGAUGGGAAUGAAUAGGUGUCCACACAGCUUCCUCCUGGACGGGAAGGUCCUUGUGGGCGGCUGGUCAGUCUUGCCAAGGGGGGCCUGAGAGAGAAUCCAUCCUGUCACAGCGGCCCUGUCUGGCUCCUCAGAGUGGCUCCUGCUGCUCAGGCCACUUUCUGAGACCUGUGGGUUCCCCCCAGACGGGGGUUAAAUAACCACCUGUCCCUUGGUCAGCAUUUUCCCGAGACACACUCCUGUGAAAAACAGUUCAUUCUCUCUCUAGUAAUUAUAAUUAAUCCCCUGAAUGCAAGUUUACCUUUAAACCUUUUGGUGAACCUGCUAGUUCAGAUGCCAUCGGACGUUUCGGUUCUGUACUUUUGUGCCUCUUUUAUUUUUGAAUAAAGAGAGU